AUGACUGAGUGUUGCUUCAGCAUGGCUAAAAACAAAGAUGCAGUGCUAGAAUCUCGGUCUAAAAGAAAGAAUGUGGAUGUAAAUGACAACAUUAGUGACGAACCUAAGCCAAAGGAGAAGAAGAAAAAGAAAAAGUUAGAGGCUCCAGAAGUGAUCCCAGUUUCACCGCAUGAAGUAAAUGAACCAGAAGUAAAGAGCAAGAAGGAAAAAAAACAUAAAAAGAAGAAGAAGGAGAAAAAUGAAGUAAGAAUCUUUCAAACCUUCUUAAUUGUUACUCACUACAUUUGA